GUCCAUCUAUCCCGCUAUUUAUAUCCCACCCGGCCCGACAGCAACAACAGCAACAACAAUCAAUAACGACAUAUUUCUCGAGUCUCUCUUAACUAGAACAGCUCCGUUCGAGCAACGAAUUUCCCGCUCUUUUUACUUGCACGGCCUAUUGCGACAAUGACUCGAUUUGGCUCAACAUGGAGCGCGUGGAAGGUGGCAUUGGCGGCCACGGCUAUGACCACGGGCGUCUUGGGUAGUAACGUUCUCGAGACGUCUGGCUUCACUGAUUGCGGUUCGGUAAACGGCAUCAGCGUCAACGCCUUGGAUAUCAAGUACGACGAAGGCUCAAAGACGGUUGAGUUUAACCUGGCCGGCACGAGCGACAAGGAGCGCAACGUUUCGGCUACCCUCUCAGUUAUGGCCUACGGCAACGAAGUUUACAGCAACUCAUUCAACCCCUGCAAGAUAGAGACCUACAUCCCGCAGCUGUGCCCUCUCCCAUCCGGUGAUUUCUCAGCGAAAGGCAGCCAAGCCAUCAGCGAUGAAUGGGCUGGCAAAGUUCCGUCUAUCGCCUUCCAAGUUCCCGAUAUUUCCGCUCAGGCAACGUUGAAGCUAAUCAGCAUCGAUACCGACGACCAAGUGGCUUGCAUUCAGUCCGAAGUCACUAACGGCAAGACCAUCUCGCUCCCUGCUAUUAAAUAUGUGGCCGUGGGUAUCAUUGGGGCUUCCUUUGCCCUCUCUGGCGUGAGUGCCGCUUUGGGUGGUGCAGGUGGUGGUGGAGGUAGCGGAGUUCCCAGCCCCAGCUUUGCUGAAACCGUCGGAUGGUUCCAAGGUAUGGCAAUGAAUGGCAUGUUGUCUGUCAACUACCCGACUGUCUACCGAAGCUUCACCAAGAACUUUGGCUUCUCCGUGGGUAUUGUCCCCUGGUCGACACUCCAGACAUCCAUCGACAGCUUCCGUUCGAGCACUGGCGGCAACCUCACCAACGACAGCUUCGAAGUCCUCCAGAACGCGACCUUGGUCUACAAUGACAACUCAACCAGCACUACCAACGACAAGAUCAAGCGUGCUCUCACCGAGUUUAGCACCCUGGUUGCGCGCGACGACGGUACGGAUAUUACCAAGGUCCAGCUCACGGUUUCCGGAAUCUCAGCCUACGUCCAGCAACUCAGUGUCCCCAAGUCCAACACGUUCAUGACUGUGCUUCUCAUCGUGGCCAUCAUCGUUGCAGCUAUCGUUGUGGGUAUCUUGCUUGUCAAGGUCAUUCUUGAGUUCUGGGCUCUGUUCGGUAGCUUCCCCAAGUCCUUGACUGGAUUCCGCAAGCACUACUGGGGAUCCAUUGCUCGCGCCAUCACUUCGCUCAUCAUGUUGUUGUACGGAAUGUGGGUGUUGUACUGCGUUUUCCAAUUCACACAGGGCGAUUCUUGGGCCGCAAAGACUUUGGCCGGCGUCACGCUUGCCAUCUUCACGGGUAUCCUGGCAUUCUUCUCCUGGAAGAUUUGGAGCACAGCCCGCAAGUUGAAGAACGCCGAAGGCGACCCCAACGGCCUGUAUCAGGACAAGGAAAUUUGGGUCAAGUACUCGCUCUUCUACGAGUCCUACAAGAAGGAUUACUGGUGGCUUUUUGUCCCUACCAUUGUUUACCUGUUCGCCAAGGGCUGCGCCCUCGCCGUUGGGGAUGGACACGGUAUGAGUCAGACCAUUGCUCAACUGGUUGUCGAAGGCUGUAUGCUUGCCUUGCUUAUCUGGAGUCGACCUUUCGAGCGAAAGUCUGGAAAUGUCAUUGGCAUUGCAAUUCAGGUUGUCCGUGUUCUCUCCGUGGUCUGCAUCCUCGUUUUCGUUGAGCAGCUGGGAAUUAGCCAGACCAGCAAGACUGUGGCUGGCGUGGUGCUCAUCGCUGUGCAGUCCACCCUGACGGGUCUUUUGGUUAUUCUCAUCGCAUGGAAUGCUAUCAACGUCUGUAUCAGGGAGAACCCUCACCGAAAGCGCAGAAAGGAGUUGGAAAAAAUGCAGCGUGAUAUGGAUACUCUCACGCCCUUGGACGCGCGUAACUCGUUGCUACUCGACCGCAAACAAGAUGGCGAUAACAUCAACAUGUUCCCCAUGUCCAGCUCGCUGAAAGAAAAGGAGUCCCAAAGGUCUUUGUACCACGACCAAUACUCCGAUGCCGAGGAGGGCCAUCGGCAGAACCUGUCGGCCAGUCCGCCAUAUCAACGAACGUUGACUCCUUUGGAUGGCAACGAUGCUUCACAAGGCCUCAUCCAGUCUGCGGCUCCCGUGGGAUGGAGUAACCAGGCACCAAACGCGGCGGGUAUGGGACGGUACGAUAACUACGGCGGCUACAAUAAUUCGAACCGGCAAUCGUACGGUUACGCAAAGGGAGGCGGGUAUAGGGGGUUUUGAGACAGGGCGGUUCAAGACAUAGAGCGAGACUAUCGCAACGGUACAUAAAUGGGAUCCUUGUACAAUGACGCUUAUAUGCUUGGCUGCGUAGACGAGCAGCCCGGGCCAUGUGCAUUAGAGUCGGAGGAUCCAUCUCACUUUCAUUCGAGGAGGAAGGUAUAAAGCGAAAGACUUGUU